AUGAUAUCUCCAGAAUAUAAGUAUGUCGUUGCAAUUGAUGUUGGAACUAAUUCUUCAGCAUAUGCGUACGCCAAAAAAGAGGACAUCAAUUUAGACAAAAAUCAAAUAAACGUUUUGUGCAAUCAAGCUUGGGGUGUUGGAAAACACAACUAUAUGAAAAUAAAAACUCCCACCAGUAUUUUACUAGAUGAAAACGGAGAACUGGAUUCAUUUGGAUAUAAAGCAGAGUACAACUAUGACAAACGUGUAAAAGACGGAGUCAACGAUUUUUAUUUCUUCAGAAAUUUUAAAAUGGCUUUAUAUAAAAAUAAUCCUACAUCGGAAAUGGUCAUAUUUGAUGUAAACGAUAGGCGAAUGAUGGUGCAGACUGUAUUUUCAAAAGCAAUUUCAGCGUUUAUGAAAGAAUUUAUAGAAUCAAUCACUAACAGUGGCAAUACUAUAAGCAGUGAAGAAGUCCGGUGGGUGGUCACAGUUCCUUCAAUAUGGUCAGAAGCUGCAAAACAGAUCAUGAAAAAAUGUGCUCAUUUGGCCGGGAUUCCAGACAACCAAUUGAUUAUUGCCUUAGAAUCAGAGGCUGCAUCAAUUUACUGUCAAUAUGUACACAGUAGAGAUAUUGGUGAUACUGCAAUAAGCGUUUCAAAAAUAGUAACCCAGUACAUGGUCGUUGAUCUUGGUGGAAUUGAUGACAAAAAGGACAAUAACAUUGAAAUGGAAGAAACUGAAUCACUUGGGGAUGUGAAGAAACCCACAGCUGAAGACGCUUUAACAGGGGACAGCUCAGAAAUUACUAUUAAACCAUUGAACCAAGAAUAUUUAGAAGAUAGAAAAUCAAAUGCUCAAAGAACAGCUGAGAUGUACCGCAAUAUAAAACAGAGCGAAGCGCAAAUAUAUAAAAUAUAUGUUGGUCUCAUUACGUUUCAAGCUGAACAGAAAAAGACACUGCAUAUUAAUAACAAACAGAUGAAAGCAAUAUCUCAGCAUCUUCAGCAGUUUGAAGACAGGAUAGACCACAAGGCUGGUGGGAAGGUUGAUAUUGCCGUUAAUGAAACAUUAGGAAAUGGUUUUUUGAGAGAAAUUCAUCGCCCAACAGGUGCAGACUGCGGGGGAAAUUUGAUUAAUCAAAGUUUAGUUCAGGAACUGAGUUAA